AUGUCGACGCCGCAGGGUUCACGAUUCUCAGAGUACAAUCCCUCUGAUCAUCAAGCGCCGUUAUGGAUAGCCACCUCCAUCACAUUGGCCUACACUGGCCUCCUUCUCCUCGUUCGGCUGGCCAUCAAGAUCAAGCUGUUAGCGUUGGAUGAUCUCUUCCUUGCUGUCGCGCAUAUCGUGGGAAUCGCGCAAUGGGGCAUCAUGUAUGCUUCACUCAACGAUGGAGUCGGGAGAAAGGUCUUUGGCAUAGAGCAAUCCAACGCCGCCAAGGUACGCAUCCUGCCAUGA